AUGGGGAAUCUGGGGGUCAAGCUGCCCCCUUUUGUGCACAAUCAUUAUAGUGAAAAAGAAGAGAAUGAUGAAAAGACUAAUAAGAAGAAGAAGAAGAAGAAGAAGGAAAAGGAGGCGAAGGAGCCCAUGGUUGGCCCAUUCUCCGUGUUCAGGUUUGCAGACAGCUUGGACAUUCUCAUGCUUUUAGUCGGGACUGUGAUGGCGAUAGCCAAUGGGGUGGUGCUUCCUCUCAUGUGUAUCGUCUUUGGAGACAUGACAGACAGUCUUGUUAACAGCGCUUCCUCUAACACCAGUUUGCUGACAAACUUCACUACCAAAGAACAGAGUGCAUAUGCCAAAGCUGGUGCUGUUGCAGAAGAAGUCCUCUCUGCCAUCAGGACGGUGUUCGCCUUCAGUGGUCAAAAGAAGGAGAUUGAGAGAUAUCACAAGAACUUGGAAAAUGCUAAAACAAUGGGAAUAAGGAAGGCAGUCUCUGCUAACAUCGCCAUGGGAUUCACCUUUCUGAUGAUCGACCUGUCUUAUGCUCUGGCCUUUUGGUAUGGCAGCACCCUAAUCCUGAGUGGGGAAUACACCAUUGGAUCUGUGCUCACAGUAUUUUUUGUUGUGAUAAUUGGAGUGUUUGCAAUGGGGCAAACGUCUCCCAACAUUCAGACGUUUGCUAGUGCCCGCGGAGCUGCCUAUAAGGUGUACAACAUCAUCGAUCAUAAUCCAACUAUCGACAGUUAUUCAGAGACUGGGUUUAAGCCGGACCUGAUCAAAGGAAACAUAGAGUUCAGUAACAUCCACUUUAGCUACCCGUCCAGGCCUGAUGUCACGAUAUUAGACCAAAUGUGCUUAAGUGUGAGCAGUGGACAGACCAUGGCGUUGGUUGGUAGCAGUGGAUGUGGUAAAAGCACUACGAUCCAGCUGCUGCAGAGGUUCUACGAUCCUCAGGAAGGAUCUGUGGCUCACCGCCUCUCCACAAUCAGAAAUGCUGAUGUGAUUGCAGGCUUCCAGAAAGGUAAAGUUGUAGAACUGGGCACUCACAGUGAGUUGAUGGAGAAAAAAGGAGUCUACCACACGCUGGUCACCAUGCAGACCUUCCAGAAAGCGGAGGAGGGGGAAGAUGAGGACGAGCUGUCAGCAGGUGAAAAAAGUCCCAUUAAAGACAUCAUGGAGUCUCCUCUGCUGAGGAGGAAAUCCACAAGAGGCUCUUCAUUCGCUGCUUCGACUGGAGAGAAGGGAGAGAAAAAGCUAAAGGAUGAGGAGGACAAUUUGGACGAGGAGGAAGACGUCCCCAUGGUGUCGUUGUUUAGGGUGCUGCGUCUCAAUGCUUCUGAGUGGCCUUAUAUUUUAGUAGGGCUAAUUUGUGCCAUCAUAAAUGGAGCGAUGCAACCUAUCUUUGCCGUCCUCUUCUCCAAGAUUAUCACUGUGUUUGUGGAGACAGAUCCGAAUCUUAUCAGAAAUAGAGCCAACUUCUUUUCUCUCAUGUUCGUCGUAAUGGGAGUCGUUUCCCUUUUCACCAUGUUUCUACAGGGAUUCUGUUUUGGAAAAUCUGGAGAAGUUCUCACCUUGAAGCUGAGGCUGGGGGCCUUCAAGGCCAUGAUGAGACAGGUGAUGGACAGCAUUGAUGUGAAACAGCUGAACAUCCACUGGCUCAGAUCUCAGAUUGGCAUCGUGUCCCAGGAACCGGUGCUCUUCAACUGCACGCUGGCGGAAAACAUCGCCUAUGGCGACAACAGCCGCAAGGUGACCAUGGAGGAGAUAGAGGCAGCUGCCAAAUCUGCCAACAUUCACAGCUUUAUAGAUGAAUUGCCUCAGAAAUACAACACUCAGGCGGGCGAUAAGGGAACGCAGCUGUCUGGCGGUCAGAAGCAGCGAAUAGCCAUCGCCAGGGCCAUCCUCCGCAACCCUAAAGUGUUGCUGCUGGAUGAGGCUACCUCUGCUUUGGACACAGAGAGUGAGAAGGUGGUGCAGGAGGCCCUGGACCAGGCCAGCAAAGGCAGAACGUGCAUCAUUGUGGCGCACCGUCUGUCUACUAUCCGGAACGCCGACCGCAUUGCCGUCUUCCAGAGAGGCGUAGUGGUUGAACAAGGGACGCAUCAGCAGCUGCUAGCAAAGAAGGGAGUCUACCAUAUGCUGGUCACUACACAGCUGGGCCACGGGACAGAGUGAGGGGACGGUGGGAGUCACUAUUUGUCCUGUUGAGGGAUUUAAAGGAACUUAGAGGAGCACUUUCUGCCUUCUUUUAGGUUGUUUUACAUUAAUGCACUUUCACUGAUUUAUGCUCAAUGAUUUAAGUGAAACAACUGGAACUGAAAAAGAUGGCUAUGCCUCGUUAGUUACACUGUUUUAAGUUUAACUGCUGUGAUUUGCUGCUGUCACCUUAUAAAACUUUUUGAAACAAAAAUAUAAGUUUUCCUUGAGAAAGUAGAAAAAACUGGAUUGUAUUUGUCCGUUUCUUAGAAGAAAUGUUGAAGACUCACAUUUCAUUUGCUUUUAAGCAUGACAUCAGUUUAUCUAUCAGAUUAACUAAAAUGGUGCUCAUAAAACAACUAUGAUUGAUCUGAUUCAAUAAACUUGUGAAAUUAUAGAUUUAAAGCAGAUUUGAUUUGCAAUAAAUGUCCAGAUUUGGUUUAAAUCUGGUCUUUAUCAUAGAUCUCAUAUAAUUAGCUUUAUUUUUAAUGUCAAAUCUACCAUUUGCUUUAAUGUAAGCCUCAUACCUCUAUGCUUACCUGCAAACUGUGGCACAUUUUUAAACUUUAAGAUAUUGAUCACCUCGCACUCCUCUUUACAAAACAAGUCUGACAUAUCAUUUACCAUGUAAAGUUGUGGAUCCCCAAAUUGGGGCUGAGGCCCCCUUUUGUGGUUCUUGAGGUGCUCUCCAGACAUCAGAUAUGUAAAAAUGCUUGUUUAUAGCAGAUGUCAUAAUGAAAAGUGUUGGAUCGACAUAACUGACAUAAUUGUGGAGAAAGCAGAAUACAUUAGUCCUUCCUUAAACUUCCACAAUGCCAGCAUCUGUUUACUUCAGCAGUCAUUGUUUAGCAGGUUAAUAGAUUGAGGGACACUCCUGUUUGAAUGCUUUUAAUCUGGUUGACUCAGGUGUCAUAUAAACUGAUCAGAAAAAAAGACUGAAAAUUAUUUUGUUUAAAAAAAAAGUUAAAUAAGAGUAACAGCCAAUAAGAAAUCCUACAUUCUGCACUGAAAAUGUUUUGUUCUGUUUAAAGAUUCAGUUUUUUUGUAAGGCCUAAAUGAGUUAGUUCAUUUAAUGAUGGAUGGAUUGACUUUAUGCAGAUUCUGAUCUGCAAUGUGUGACUUAUAAACGGGGAUCACUGAUGCAGAGCUGAUAUUCUGAGGUGAAUGUAUUCUGGUUAUUGAUACUUCAGCAAUAUUUUUUUUGUGGGGGUGAGUAAAAAUGAAUUGUGUUGUGAUUUUAUAUUGUUUUCAAUUUUAUUUCCAGCCAGUUGGGAAUUUAUAUUUCUGAUACUUAAAGAUGUUUAUAUCCUCCCCGGUAGGGGGGGUAAAAUAUCGUAUUUAAUCAGAUAUUGUUUCAGCUGUUAUAUACUUUUUAUGAUACACAGCCCUACUAGCUGUGUGUUGGAACAAUAGAUGAAAGAGUGAU